AUUAUUCUGAAAAAAUGUACAGUGCACUAAUUUUUAACUGAUAUUUUUAAUAGGAAAUUAUUUAUUUAAUACAUAAUUUCAAUGUCAUCAUGGCUGACAGAAACGUUAAUGGAAUUUCACCGAACCCUGAAACCCUAAAACACAAUGCUAUACACGAAGAAAAACUGCAUCAACAAUUUAAUGGGGUCCAUUCAUCACAAUCUUCAAGGAGUUCGUCACCUGGAACUCGCCUCGGAUACGUCCCAUCUUCUCAGCUGCCUCCGAGUAGGCCUAUACCACAAUCUCAGCUUCCUCCUUCCCGAUCUGCGACAGGAAGUGUAACUCAACAAUUCGGGGCGUUAAAUCUUAACCAAAAUGCUCCUAGAAAUAGUCCGCAAUUCGGAGCUCCAGCAACUCAACCUACUAGUUCCAGCCCAUACACAGUUCCUCCCUUUAGUCAAGUCAGUAAGGAAAGUAUAAAUAGUCAAUCAUCUGCUAUCUUACCUCCAACUUCUGAUACUUCGAGUACAGUGACCUCGCCGCAAAUGUCUACACCUCUUCAACAAGGACUAUUUAGUGCUCAACAUCCAAGUGGUUUUCAGAAAUCUGAUCCAUUUCAAUCCAUUAAACCAGCACAAACCAAUAAUACUCAGCCGACUUCUAAUGUAAAUAAUCAACUAUCGCAAACUCAAAUACAAUUUAAUCAGGGCUCUGCUAAUGUCAGGCUUCAACCUAACCAAGUACCAGUGCAAAACAAUAUGGGCGUUUCAACUAAUUCAAAUAUGCCUAGGAUAAGCCCGAUUCCACCUCAACAAAACUUUCAGCCUAGUCCUAAUAGAUCAGCUUUUGGUCCCGUACCACCGCCUGGAUUACAGAAUCCAAUGGGUAGUCAAAUUAGUCCAAACAGGACAGGUUUAGUUCAGGGACCACCGUUACAAACACAAUACAGAGCUCCUCCUAAUCAAAUUCCUGGGCCACCUCCUCAAGCUGGUGUACUUCAAGCCAACCAGCAAAGGACAUACCAAGCAUCUCCCAUUCAACAAAAUAAUAACCAAAGAUUUAACAAUGCUAUUCCCACCCAAAAUAUCAAUAAUGGUCCAAACAGUAACGCAAAUUUUCCUCCACAAACUGCACCUGUUAACUACCCACAAAUGAAUAGUGCACCACCACCUCAAGCUCCAAAUGUGGCACCGAAAACAAAUGUGCAUUCGAACAGGUAUCCUACGAUGCAGUCAAACAGCUACCAGCAGCCCGCCAUAUCUCAAUAUCAGCAGCAACCUCCUUGGUCAGUAUCAGUAUCAACAACCUAUGCAAAAACAAGUACAGCAACCAAUGAAUUCGUACGUAAGUCAAAAUAAUCAGCAAGCCCCUUACCAAGGGGUAGUAAAUACUGGCUUUAAUAAAUUAUGGGGUAUGGAGCAGUUUGACCUUCUUCAAACUCCAAAUAUAUUACAACCAUCGAAAGUCGAAGCUCCUCCAAUUUGUUUGGGCCAAGAGUUGUUGGAUCAAGCCAAUUGCAGCCCAGACGUGUUCCGUUGCACUAUGACGAAAAUUCCAGAAAAUAAUUCUCUGUUACAAAAGUCGAGAUUGCCUUUAGGGGUGUUAAUUCAUCCAUUUAGGGAUCUUUCUCAUUUACCUGUAAUUCAGUGCAGCGUAAUAGUUAGGUGUCGAGCGUGUCGCACCUAUAUAAAUCCAUUUGUCCUUUUUGUUGAUAAUAAACGCUGGAAGUGCAAUUUGUGCUACAGAAUUAACGAGUUACCAGAAGAAUUUCAGUACGAUCCGAUGACGAAAACGUACGGGGAUCCUUCUAGAAGACCUGAGAUUAAAUCCAGCACUUUGGAAUAUAUUGCUCCUGCAGAAUAUAUGUUGAGGCCACCCCAGCCUGCAGUAUACCUUUAUUUACUGGACGUGUCUCGAUUGGCAAUUGAAAGUGGUUAUUUGAAUAUUGUAUGUAGUAUUUUAUUGGAAGAGUUGAAGAAUUUGCCUGGAGAUGCAAGAACGCAAAUUGGAUUUAUUGCUUAUAAUUCUGCGUUGCAUUUUUAUUCGUUGCCAGAAGGUAUCACCCAACCUCACGAGAUGACCAUUCUCGACAUAGACGAUAUAUUCCUCCCUACACCUGAUAAUUUAUUAGUCAAUUUGAAGGAUAGAAUGGACUUAAUAGCAGACCUUUUGAGGCUCUUACCGAACAGAUUUGCCAACACAUUUGACACCAAUUCUGCUCUUGGUGCUGCGUUGCAAGUUGCAUUCAAGAUGAUGGGUCCAACAGGUGGUAGAGUUACUGUGUUUCAAGCAUCACUGCCAAACGUCGGUCCUGGAGCGCUUAUCUCGAGAGAAGAUCCAUCUAAUAGGGCGUCAGCCGAAGUUGCACAUCUAAAUCCUGCUAACGAUUUCUAUAAACGUCUGGCGUUAGAGUGCAGCGGUCAGCAGAUCGCCGUCGAUCUGUUCGUGGUAAAUUCUCAGUAUGUAGAUAUAGCUACUAUUUCAGGAAUUAGCAGAUUCAGCGGGGGUUGUAUGCACCACUUCCCUUUGCUGAAACCUACGAAGCCAGUAGUUUGUGAUCGUUUUGCUAGAUCUUUUAGGAGGUAUAUUACCAGGAAAAUUGGUUUUGAGGCCGUGAUGAGAUUGAGAUGUACAAGAGGACUUUCCAUUCAUACCUUUCACGGUAAUUUCUUCGUUAGAUCGACAGAUUUACUAUCUUUACCUAACAUUAAUCCCGAUGCAGGAUUCGGAAUGCAAGUUGCUAUCGAAGAGAGUUUAUCCGAUGUUCAAACUGUAUGUUUCCAGGCAGCAUUAUUAUACACGUCGAGCAAAGGCGAAAGAAGAAUUAGAGUUCAUACGAUGUGCUUGCCGGUAGCAACGACUUUACAAGACGUCAUCCACUCUGCCGACCAGCAAUGCAUCAUAGGCUUAUUAUCAAAAAUGGCUGUUGAUAGAUCGAUGCAAUCUAGUCUUUCAGAUGCCCGCGAGGCAUUUAUCAACGUAGCAAUAGAUAUUCUAUCGAGCUUUAAAAUGAGCCUGAACAUGGGUAGUCCCGUAACGGGUCUUUUAGUGCCGAAUUGUAUGCGAAUAUUGCCUUUGUAUAUAUCAGCUCUUCUUAAACAUUUAGCAUUUAGAACAGGUAGUUCUACUAGGUUAGAUGACAGAGUUAUGAAGAUGAUAGAGAUGAAAACGAAACCGUUGUACAUGCUCAUACAGGAUAUAUAUCCCGAUCUGUUCCCUAUCCAUAAUCUUGAACAUCAAGAAGUGAUAAUGAAUUCUGAAGAGGAACCAGUUUCGAUGCCACCUAGAUUACAACUCACCGCCAGAUGUCUGGAGAAUAAAGGUGCGUUUUUGAUGGAUACGGGCGAGCAUAUGAUUAUCCUAGUUUGUCCAAACGUGCCACAAGAAUUUUUAACCGAAGCUCUCGGAGUUUCCCAAUAUAGCGCCAUUCCGGAUGAUAUGUAUGAAAUACCCGUGUUAGAUAAUCUUAGAAAUCAAAGACUUCAUCAAUUUAUUACAUAUUUAAAUGAGGAAAAGCCGUACCCGGCUACGUUACAAGUGAUUAGAGACAAUAGUACGAAUAGAGUUGUAUUUUUCGAGAGAUUAAUAGAGGACCGAGUCGAAGAUGCACUUUCUUAUCACGAAUUUUUGCAACAUUUAAAAACUCAAGUGAAAUAAGGUUAAGUGUACAUUUAUUAUUUUUAUCUUUUUAUUUAAAUUGUGCAAAUUUAUUGCUUGUGCAAAGACCACUCCGAAAUUAUUUCCGUAUAAAUGAACUAUGUUACAAAUUACAAAACCGUGCAAUUAUAUAUUUGUAGCCACAGAGUAGGGUGAAAUUCGUCUGUCUAGCCACAUGUUCCAUUUCAACUUAAACUUAAAGACUAUGGUAAUUCCAAAUACGUUAAAAUGUCGAUGUGGUUUUGUCCCACUAGAAGAACGAAAUGUUCUGGAAAACCUUACGCGACUUUUACCAGGCGACCGGUUUAUCUUCGCAUCCAUAUAUGUAAACGGUGCGUGGCAUAUUUCGGCCGUAAAUAGAGAAUUCUCGACAUGCGCAUCGCUAAUAAAGCACAGGGCCGCAAUCAGGGGUGUGUGACACAACAGUACCAUAUCUGCGGUAAAAAAUACAAAUAAAUUUUUUCGCUUUUGCAAUUAGUAAAGAAACUUUUUCCAGUGCAUUGAAAUGAAAAUUCGUGAAAAAAUUAUUGAUAUAAUCGUUGUUUUUUAUGUAUAGGGAAAUAAACAAGCUUUCAAACUCACUUAAAAAAUUAAAAUCGGUUUAUUGGGGAACAAGGGGAAUUUUUUAAAGGAGCUUUAAAAGACGCAUUUUUAUUAUAAUUUAAAUUCUUAAUACUGUAUCGUAUUAACUCGUUCGGGAACUGUUUAGGGAUGUUAUAGUGCAUAGGUCGUUUUUUAAUUAAAAUUUUAAUACGCUAAGGCUGAAAAAGUUGCGGAACAUGCAGGAAAAAUAUCAGAACGUAAAAUAGAUGUUCCAGACUCCUAUUGUUCAACCUUUCUUCCUGAAUAUCUCGGAAAGUAUUAUUACACUGUUCUGUAGGCUCAGAAAUUAAUUGAAGCAUAACGUGGCUUCUUCUUCUUAUGGUGCCCUAUCCAAUUAGUAGAUGUUGGCGACAAUUCUGGCAUACUCCUCUCGAUCUUGUGUGGCUCUAAAGAGCGCUUGGACUGCGAAGUUUGUCCAAUCCCUUAUGUUUUUAAGCCAUGAGUAUUUCUUUUUUCCGACGUCUCGUUUUCCUUCCAUCUUCCCUUCCAUAAUAAACUUUAAGAACUGUCCAAUUGGACAGCAACGUUUGAUAGAAAAUUGAAUCGCGAACGAUUUUACUGGUAUCUAUUUUAUCGUAGAUAUCAUGUUUUUCGAGAUAUUCAGGAUAUAAGUUUGAAAAAUAGGAACUUAGUUCUAAAAUUUUUUCUGAAUUUUGACAACUUUUUUUUAGGAAAAAUCAAAGAGUU